CACCAAUGAGAAGACCGAGCGCGCUGAUUGGCUGGCAGGAACACGUGCUGGCCAAUUAGCUCUCAGUGUCGGUCGCUGGUUUCCGUUGGCGGGUAGAGCAUGCUGGGUAUCGAGCUCUGGGUGUAGGAAGAUGGUGGGCGGCAGCCAGCUGGAGAACGCGAACCCUCUGAUCUACCAGCGGAGCGGGGAGCGGCCGGUCACCGAGCUGGAGGAGGACGAGGAGGUGACGGACACCAUCGACGGCCGGGAGAUCUUCGAUCUUAUUCGUUCAAUAAAUGACCCGGAACAUCCACUCAGCCUGGAAGAGCUCAAUGUUGUGGAACAAAUUAGAGUCAAGGUCAAUGAUGAGGACAGCGCAGUGUCAGUAGAAUUCACACCCACAAUCCCUCACUGCAGCAUGGCCACCCUUAUUGGACUCUCUAUUAAAGUCAAACUGCUGCGAUCACUGCCAGAUAGGUUUAAGGUGGAUGUUCACAUAACUCCAGGAACUCAUGCCUCAGAACAUGCAGUAAAUAAACAGCUUGCCGACAAGGAGCGCGUUGCUGCCGCUCUGGAAAACUCCCAUCUGCUAGAAGUUGUGAACCAGUGUUUAUCUGCGAGGUCUUAGUUACAUUGUGGCUGUUAUACGGAGUCCUUCAGAUCGAACACUAUCGUGCUGCAUUUUAUAUGCGCUUUGCUGCUAGAACUCCCCAACCCUGUAUUCUAAUGAUUAUCCCGUAUCCGUUUUCCAUAUCGUACCCAUAGAUGGCUUUAACUUACAUUUGAUGUGAGCCAUGCUACUACAUGUUUAGUUGUUAUAAUCCAUAUUUAGUUUUAACUAUAUGAAAUUGCUAAUUUUUUAUUGGUUUGUGGAGAAUGUUCUGUCGGUCUCUUCUUUAAAUAAAAGGUAUUUUAUAUUU